AAUUGCUGCAGUGUCUUUUCCUCCACCCCAAAAGCCAAGAUGGACCCCAACUACAUCCCCACCCUCACACAGCUCCUCGAGGCCACCAUCGCCCCGGACACAGCCCUCAUCAAGGCCGCCACCACCCAGCUCAACACCCAGUUCUACAAGGACCCCACCUGUAUCCCCGCCCUCUAUGAGAUCUCAUGCACCAACGAGAACCCUUCCAUCCGGCAAUUGGCCGCCGUCGAGCUGCGAAAGAGAAUAUCAAGUCGAGAUGGCAAGAUGUGGAAGAAGAACCCCGAGCAGUUGAGACAGCAGAUCAAGGACAGCUUGCUCCAGCGACUGACGAAUGAAACUUCCCCCAUCGUCAGACAUUCCCAGGCCCAGGCUGUCGCUGCCAUCGCGGAUCUCGAGCUUGCCACCCAGCCGUCCCAAUGGCCCACCCUUAUGCCCGGUCUCUACCAGGCCGCCCGCUCCUCUGACAAGACUCACCGAGAAACGGCCAUCUACGUCCUGUUCUCUAUCCUCGACACCGUUGCCGAAAACUUCCAGGACCACCUUGCCAGUCUGUUUGAGACCUUUUCCGUCUCUCUCGUCGACCCCGAAUCUGCCGAAGUUCGAGUCACCACCCUGCGAGCUCUCGCCAAGGUGGCCGAGUACAUCGAGGUCGAGGACAAGCAUGACAUCAAGGCCUUCCAGGACUUGAUCGUCCCCAUGCUUAAGGUCUUGGAGAAGGCCAUCCAGGACGGCGACGACGAGGGUGUCAAGCACGGUUACGAUGCUUUCGAGACCUUCCUCAUCCUCGAGGCUCCCCUUGUCAGCAAGCACGUUGGUGACCUUGUACAGUUCUUCCUCGGCGUCGCCGGCAACAAGGACGUAGAGGACGAGAUGAGGUGUGGUGCCCUCAACGUCCUUUCUUGGGUCAUUCGAUACAAGAAGAGCAAGGUUCAGGCUCUCGGUCUUGCCAAGCCCAUCAUCGAGGCUCUUUUGCCUGUCGGCACUGAGGACGAUCCCGAGGACGCUGACGAGGACUCUCCUUCUCGUCUCGCGUUCCGUACUCUUGACACCCUCGCCCAGGUUCUUCCUCCUCAACAGGUCUUCCCAGUCCUCACCCAGCAGCUCCAAGUCUACAUGGCUGGUGACGCCAGUAUGCGCAAGUCUGCUCUCAUGGCCUUUGGUGUCUCUGUCGAGGGCUGCAGCGAGUACAUUCGACCUCACGUCGACCAAUUGUGGCCCGUGAUUGAGAGUGGUUUGCAAGACCCCGAGGUCAUCGUCCGAAAGGCCGCUUGUAUCGCUCUCGGGUGUCUUUGUGAAUGGCUCGCUGAAGAGUGCGCUACUAGGCACUCUGUCAUCGUCCCCAUCCUUUUCAACCUCAUCGUUGAGCCUGCCACCCAGAAGAACGCCUGUACCUGCCUCGACUCUUACCUUGAAAUCCUUGGUGACGACAUUGUAAACUACCUCACUCUUCUCAUGGAGCGACUCCUCGUCCUCCUCGAGAACGGCAUCAUUGCCGUCAAGAUCACCGUCACUGGUGCCAUUGGUUCUGCUGCUCAUGCUGCCAAGGAGAAGUUUGUGCCCUACUUUGACCAAACUAUCCAGCGUUUGGUGCCCUUCCUGGAGCUCCAGGAGUCUGACGAACAGAUCGACCUCCGUGGUGUUGCUACCGAUACCAUCGGUACCAUCGCUGACGCUGUGGGCGCCGAUGUCUUCCGUCCCUACUUCCAGCCCCUCAUGAAGGCCGCCUUCGAGGCCCUUACCAUGGACAACUCUCGUCUCAGGGAGUCUUCAUUCAUCUUCUUUGGUAUCAUGGCCCAGGUCUUCACCAACGACUUUGCCCAAUACCUUCCUCAGUGUGUUCCUGCUCUGAUCGCUUCCUGCCAACAGAGCGAGACGGCUGAGGAGCUUGACGAGGAUGGCUCCAACCCUGCCCAGCUGGUCGAUGCCUUCAACGCUGCUGCUAGCGGAAGCAAGGGUGAAAGCACCUGGGAAGACGAAGAUGACGAGACUGACAUCAACGAACUCGACGACAUGUUCUCCAAGGUCAACAGUGCCGUCGCUAUCGAAAAGGAGGUCGCUGCCGACACCAUCGGAGAGCUUUUCGCCGCUACCAAGGCUGCCUUCAUGCCUUACGUCGAGGAGACUGUUCAGGUCUUGAUCGAUUUGCUCGACCACUACUAUGAAGGCAUCAGGAAGGCUGCCGUCGGAGCUUUGUUCCAGUUCGUCAAGACCAUGUACGAGCUCUCCGAUGCUCCCGAGUGGACUCCCGGAGCCAAGGUUGCCGUGCCCCUUCACGACCACGUCAAGAGCAUUGCCCAGCUCGUCCUCCCCAAGAUCUUUGAGACUUGGAAGACUGAAGAUGACCAGUGAGUAUGGUUCCAAUUUCCCUUCUGUCUGGAACACUUUGCGUGAUGAGAAAUUAUGUCAAAACCCCGAGCCCUUUAGGCUAUGAGGCUUUAAACGAAUUUUAAUUAGACCCUGAUAUACCUUGUCCUUCAUACUAUACAAGACAUGUUUUGUACUGGCAAAGCUGACAACAAAUCAUCAGGUCUGUCGUCAUCUUUAUGUGUGCCGAGCUCGCGGACACGAUGAACAAGUGCGGUCCCGCCAUCAUUGAGGGCUACCUCGAUGAGGUUGCCACUUUCGCUAUCGAGAUCCUUGAGAAGAAGUCUCUCUGUCAACAGGACCCCGAUGGAGACGAUGAGAACUCGGCCGACGCCGACUCUUCCGAGUACGAGGCUGCCCUCGUCUCCAACGCCGCCGAUGUCUUUGGUGCGCUUGCCACUGUCCUCGGACCCGACUUCCAACAGGCUUUCGGCCAAGUCUUGCCUUUGAUUGCCAAGUACACUGAGCCCAAGAGGACAAAUACCGAGAGGUCCAUGGCCAUUGGCAGUCUCGGCGAGAUCAUUGUCGGCUUGAAGAGCGGUGUGACCCAGUUCACCGAGCCCUUGUUCCAGGUCAUCUCUCGAGGGAUCCUCGACGAGGACCCCGAUGUGCGCUCCAAUGCUGCUUUCGCAUCCGGUGUCCUUAUCGAACACUCUGACGCCGAUCUCUCCAGUCACUACAGUGCUCUUCUUCAGGCUCUCCAGCCUCUGUUCACCCCUCCCGAGCACGCUCCCCCAGCGCUCUACAACGCCCGAGACAAUGCUGCCGGUGCUGUUGCCCGUAUGAUCAGCAAGAACGCCGCCGCUCUCCCCUUGGGUGACGUUGUUGGUGCUAUCGCGUCCGUUCUCCCCUUGAGAUUUGACCCUCUUGAGAACGGUCCCGUCUUCCGAGCUCUCUUCCAGGUCUACCGAACCCAGCCUCAGCUCAUCACUGCCCACAUCGACACUUUCCUCCAGGCCUUUGCCUACAUCCUCCUCGACCCCAACCACGUCGACGACACUACCGACGAGGUCAAGGCCGAGCUUGGUGCUCUGGUCGAGCACUUGAAGAGCCAGGUGCCCGACAAGGUCGCUGCUGCUGGCUUCCCUUAAGUGGCCCAGGUUGGAUAGAGGCCCAGUUGAGGUUGUAGAAACAAUGUAGACUUAUAAUAGUGGCGGGAAUGGAGGAUAGAUACGGGGAGAGGGAACAAGGUAGAAGGUAGAGAGAGGAGGAGGUUUAAUGACAUUUAUGACUUCUCGCCCAUCGUGGCACUCAGCAUUUUUGCGACUUUGCGACUCUGUCGCACAUUCCUUUUUUCAUUUUGCUUGAUGUUCGGUUUUAUCAUGUGGAUAGUGUGAUGGCUCUUGCAUUCUUGUUCAUAAUAGAAUGGAUGAUGCAAUGAUCAUCUCCGG